AUGAAUAGAAAUUUAUUGUUUAAAAUUGAUGAUUUAAGAAAAAAUAAAUUUAAUGAACUAUUGAAGUAUGGCAAUAAUGUAAUUAACAAAAAUGUUUCAAAUAAUUUAAAUGAAAGAAAAUUAAUAUAUGUUGGGAAACCAACACAUGGAAGUGAUUUUUACUGGAAAUGUAGAGAAAUGAUAUCUUCUAUUAAAAAAAAAACAAAAAGGUGUGCAAGAUAUUUAGAUUUAAAUCAUGAUUUUUCAAGGGCUGCUUUAACAGGUGUUCCUAAAACAAGUUUUGACCCCAAGAAUAAUAUUUUUUAUAUUCAAAUGGAUAAUGAAGAAUGGGCAGGACUUGGUAGUAAAAUGAUGCUAAAUAUAUCAAUGAACAUAUUAUUUUAUUUACACAUAUCUUUUUGGAUAUAUUUUAUAUAUUAUAGAUUAUUAGUAAAUAAUAAAUUAAAUGUAUUUAGUAAAUGGAAAAAUAAAGAUUAA